UGUCUUCUUUGGCAACCCCACUUUAUACAUUGACACAUUUAUCCACUCUCUUUUUUGUACUAAAUUUGAUUAUAUCAUAAAGCUGAAGAAGAAAAAGAAGUAGAGUGAGAAAAAAAAAAUGGGUCAGAAAGGAGUUCAAAAGCCAUUACAGAAAUUGUUUACAUGGGUUAGAAAUCAAUCAAACAAAGUGAAGACAUUCUUGGGUGUUUCCACUGUGUUGACUUUACUUGUCACACUAAAAUUACUCAUUCAUGAACACAAUCACUUCUUUGUGUUGGCUGAAUUUGCUCAUUUUGUUGGCAUCUUGGUCUUGAUCUACAAAUUGACCACACACAAGACUUGCUCUGGCCUUUCAUUGAAGACUCAACAGCUCACGGCAACAUUUUUAUCUGUUAGAUUAUUUUGUAGUCUUCAAAUCGAAGGAGAUAUUCAUACUAUACUAGACCUUGUCACUCUUCUGGCAACAUUUUGGCUUAUAUUUAUGAUGAAGUACAAGUUGAAGUCAACUUACAUGGAAGAUUUGGAUAACAUGAAGAAAUAUAUUGUGAUAGUACCUUCUUUGGUGAUAGCCGUCUUUAUCCAUCCUCGGACGAGUUAUCUUAUCAUCAGUAUACUUUGGGCUUUUGCUGUGUAUAUAGAAGGUGUCUCCGUGCUGCCUCAGCUUCGCUUGAUGCAGAAUGUCAAGAUUAUUGAGCCAUUCACAGCUCUUUAUGUGUUUGCGUUGGGCGUUUCAAGAUUCUUCAGUUGUGCUCAUUGGAUCAUUAAGGUAUAUGAUACAUCUGGUUCGUAUCUGUCUUUGAGUGGAGGGGGCUUCUUGUGGAUACCAGUGAUCAUCUUGGCAGAAAUUGUUCAAACAUUCGUUUUGGCCGAUUUCUGUUAUUAUUACGUAAAGAGUGUUAUGCAAGGUCAAAUGAUGGUUCGCCUUCCGGCAUAGUCGUUGAAUUCUGGUCACUGCAUUUUAAUUAGAGACUAUAACGAUACAAGACAUGAAAGGGCAGCUUGGUGCACUUAGCUCCCGCUAUACGCAGGAUCUGGAGAAGGGUUCGAUACACGGAUCUUUUGUAUGCAGCAUCACCUUACAUUUCUGUAAGGAGUUGUUUCCAAGGCUUGAAUUUGUGACCUCCUGGUCACAUGAUAGUAAUUUUGUCAGUUACUCCAAGGCUCCCUUUUGAGGAAAGUCUUAAAUGUGAAUCCUCAAGGGUGGCCGAGUUGGUUGAGCUAGGAAUCGCCCAAAUGAGGAGUCUUAAGUUUUGAAACACAUGGGCGGAGCCACCUAUAUAAAAGGGUGGUCAAGUGCACAAUCUUUGUCGGAAAAUCAUGUUCUGCAUAUGGACGAAAUGUUAGCUUUCUGAGUGUGAAUUUAAUUUUGCACUCUAAAUGAAACUGAGAAGGAAAUUUGCACACUCUUCGUCAUAUACUUUGCUCCGCCACUGAAUGAAAUACUUCAUGCUUUCUGUACUGAGCUUGUUGCACGGGUUUGUCUAGUACAAUAGGUUUGUGGGCGAUUACAUUGGAGAACGGGUUUUACCUUGCUGGUGGGGUUUACCUUGUGAGCACACAAAAAAAAUCGUCAAUGUUGUUAAAAUUGAAAUUCCACAUUAUUAUCAUUGUACAUAUUUCAUUUUAACAGUAGAAUUAUCAAAUUAUUUUUAAUUACAAUUAAGAGUAGUUGAACUUUACG